AUGUUACGACAACCUUUACUUCGUCUUUUCAAUCAAAGAAAUCUCUUGUCAUUAUCUUGUCGAACUGUUUAUCGUUCAGCACUUGAUAAUCCUAAUAAAAUUGCCGUCAUUGAUUCCAAUGGUCGAUAUUCAUAUUCACAUCUUCUUUCAGCUAGUGUUCAGUUACAUGAUAAACUUCUUUCUCUAACUGAUGAUAAACAAAAAUCUGCUCACAAACGUAUUGCUUUUCUUUGCAAUCCAGAUGCAUCAUUUGUUGUUGCUCAAUGGGCAUGUUGGCUUUCACGCGCAAUAUGUAUUCCACUUUGUAAAGAUCAUCCACAAUCAUUACUUGAUUAUUAUAUUGAUGAUGCUAAAUGUUCACACUUAAUUGUAUCACCUGAAUAUGAACAAUUACUUCGACCACUUGCUGAUAAAUUUAAAAUACCAUUAAUUAUUAUUACAAAUAAAGAUAUUGAACUAGGUAAAACAAAACAAAAUAUUCCAUUAACUAAUCAAGAACAAUUUGAUAUUUUUUCGAAAAAUUCCGAUGAUGCUCUUAUCUUAUAUACAUCUGGAACAACAGGCAAACCAAAAGGUGUUGUUCAUACAAUAGCUACAUUACGCGCACAAAUGGAUGCAAUGCUUUCAGCUUGGCGUUUAACAAAAAAUGAUACAGUAUUAAAUGUUCUUCCACUUCAUCAUGUUCAUGGAAUGAUAAAUUGUGUUAUGUCACCACUUUAUGCUGGUGGAACAGUUGUCAUGAUGAAUAAAUUUGAUGUGGAACAGACAUGGGAUCAUCUACUCAAUGAUCGUAAUCCAUCAGUUAAUGUUUUUUCAGCUGUACCAACAAUUUAUAUAAAAUUAAUGGAACAUAUUAAAACCUUGUCAAUAAAAGAUGUGAAAAAAUUAUGUUCAGAUCACAUACGACUUUUUCUUUCUGGCUCAUCAGCUUUACCAGAAUCGAUAUUUCAAAAAUGGCAUGAAUUAACAGGCUUUGAAAUUGUUGAACAAUUCGGUUCAUCAGAAACAGGACGUGUUCUAUCAAAUAAACUUGAAGGAAAAAAAAUAGCUGGUCGAGUUGGUCUCCCAAUGCCUGAUUUAAAAGUACGUUUAGUACAAAAAGAUGAAAAUAAUAAUGAUCAAAUUGUAGCUGAAGAACAUGAUGGAAAAGUGGAAGGUGAAGUAUAUGUUAAAGGUCCUACAAUAUUCAAAUAUUAUUUCAAUAAAGAAGAAGCUACGCGAAAAGCAUUUGAUUCUCAUGGAUACUAUAUGAUGGGAGACAUGGCUGAGUAUGAUAAAAACAAUAAUACAUUUCGUAUACUUGGUCGAUCAUCUGUUGAUAUUAUAAAGUCUGGCGGUUAUAAAAUAUCAGCAUUAGAUAUUGAAGCAGUUAUUCUCCGUCAUCCAUUUGUUAGUGAAUGUGUAGUUAUUGGUGUGAAAGAUUUAGAAUGGGGAGAACGUGUUACAGCUGUUGUUGUACUUCAAUCAGGCAAAAAAGAAGAAGAUUUAACACUUGAACAAUUACGUGAUUAUUGUAAAAAGAAAUUACCUGCUUAUCAAUGUCCAACACAAUUAAAAAUUGUUGAUAAACUUGAACGAAAUGCUGUUGGAAAAGUAAAUAAAAAAGAAUUAAAUGCGAAACUUUUCCCACCAUCAUCUAGCAACAAAAAAUAA